UGAAUAUGAGCAGAAGUUCUUUCAUAACGCUGACAAGUUUUUUCGGAGCAACCACGACGCAUACACACACAGGCUCUUGAUUUAGGGAAGGAACAACUGAAUUCGUAUCGGGAUUCUUAUAAUGGAUCUCAACCAGUCUCCUGGUCAAAAUUAUGCCAACCCAAAAACAUGUUUCUUUCAUGUUUUCUUCAAGGCAGCAGCUUUGGCAUUUUAUGUACUUUCUGCCCUUUUUUUUGACAGCUUUGUCAUCAUUUUUGUGGUGACUGUUCUUCUUGCUGCCCUUGAUUUUUGGGUUGUCAAAAAUGUAAGUGGGCGUAUUUUAGUUGGUUUGAGGUGGUGGAACGAAAUAAAUGAUGUUGGUGAGAGUGUAUGGAAAUUUGAAUGUCUUGACCAUGAGUCAAUGGCUCGAAUGAACAAGAAAGAUUCCUGGCUAUUCUGGUGGACUCUUUACCUUACAGCGGUUGCGUGGAUUGUGCUUGGAAUAUUCUCCCUUAUUAGGUUCGAAGCUGAUUAUCUCCUUGUUGUUGGAGUCUGUUUAACGCUCAGCAUUGCAAAUAUUGUUGGCUUUACCAAAUGCAGAAAGGAUGCAAAGAAGCAGAUUCAGCAAUUUGCCACCCAGACCAUUGCCUCCCGAUUCACAUCCACCAUACAGUCAGCAUUCAGUGUUGUCUAAGCCUUUCAUUAUGGAAGAUGGGAGUGAGAUGAAGUGUGGUUGUGGAAGAGAUGCGGCAUGUACAAAUUUGGCUAGCAGUGGAUUGGCAUAUCAUUGAAUUUAUAUUGAAAACAAAUUAGUAGAUGUUUUGUAUUGACCUUAUGGACUUAUAAUAUUUGUAUAAUGGGAUUACUGGGAAAUUCGUUAUAGAAUAAGAACAUUUUUUUGGUGACUUGAAAGCAA